AUGCGCCGAUUCAAUUCACCUAUCUCUGGAUUCUGGCUCUCUGCACCGGAGCCCUCUGAAGAUGCUUUGCUCUUUGUCCUCCUUCUCGCGUGGACUUUCGUUGCAGUUCCCUCGGUUCCUCCGCCGUCGUCGGAGCGGCCGGUCGCCGGCUACCGCGGAGGCCUCGCUCGACCCGAGGCCUUGAAUCUGCAAGUAUGGGGCAUAGGCGGGCGGCGCCGGCGGCCUUCUCUACGGCAAGUCGCCGACCAAACUUACUUCCUGGUCCUGCUGCAGGAGGAACGUCGCAACCUGAAGCGCGAGAUCGGCAAGCUCCAAGCCCAGAUGGAGGUGCUCAACCGCGAGGCUGAGCAGCUGCCGGGGAUGAGAAGCAGAAAGGCCGAACUCGAGAGUCAAGUCGAAGACCUGCAAGAGGAAAUCAUCGUCAUCAAUGCAGCAAUGGCGCACGCCAGAGGCACCCGGCGCCCUCAAGACAUUGCCCGUGCUGCUCAGGAACUCAAAAAAAAAAAACGAGGAAAAGCGAAGCACUGUUUGUGUCUCGCCAUUCGUCUGCUCCCUUCCCGCAAACCUCUGCAGCGCGCUCUCUUAGAUGAGUUCUACCUUUCCAACCGAAGUCGAGCCGAGCAGCUCUCUGCGCUCCAGGCCGAGUUGGCGCUUCUGACUGAAGACAGCGAGGCAAAGCUGCUCGCUUCCUCGCCUGAGGCCAGACAAACCUACGAAGACCUUCAACUGAAACUUGCGCAGCAUCAAGCAGAAACCCAUCAAGCCCACCAGGAAAUGGACACUCUCACAGAGCAGCUGUCCGUUGCGGAGGCCACGGUGCAGAGCGACCCCGCUCGCGCGCAGCUGCUUCAACUGCUUGAAAGGCGGGAAUCUCUGCUGAAGCGCCAGCAAGAGACUUCGCAGACGUGGCGGGCCUGUCAAGGCCAGGCGUUCGCCGAGCAGCGCGCGCAUAUUCUUCAAGAGAUCGAAAGGCGCAGAGGAGAGGUUGCCGCUCUAGCAAAAAGGACCGAGAAGGCAGCCGACCUGAAGAGCAGUCAAGCGGAGCGUGAGGCCGAGAUCCGAAAGCUGCGCCUGCUUGCCGAGAAAGAUGCGGAAAUAUCGGCCUUCAUCGAGCGAUACAGUGAAGCGAGCCGGAAGCGCACGGCUGCGCAAGCUGAUGCAAACGCCGACCUGCAAGAAGCAGAGAAGACCCACAGACUUCUCGAGCGACAGCUCCGCGCCAUUCCGACAGCCGCACAAGCCGAAUCAUUGGCGCAGAGAGUGGCGGAGACGACUGCGGCUUUGAGCGAAGUUGAGCAGACUCUGCAUGAGGCGAAAGCGCAGCUGGAAGAGCGGAAGAAGGAACUGCACAGAGAGGAAAACCUCGAACAAAUAAGUCGAGAGGAGCUGCGCGUGAGUCGCCAGCAUCUGGAGGCCAUGAAGGCGGAGAUCCACGAUAAAUUCGAUAGAAAAGAUGACCUUCGCGUGGCCGUUGAAGAGGAGAGAAAGCACCUGAUCGAACGCGGAAAACGUCUCCGGGGUGAGCUUGAGGCCGCUCGCACAGAGGUCGAGACUGCGAAUCGAGAGACGGACGAGGCUCUGAGGCGACUCCAGGAGAGCGACAUCCAUCAUCACCUCAAAGAGCUGGAGGCGGAGCUCGAGCGAAACCGGCAGACCGUGGCAGAGCUGCAGACAACCGUUGAUCUGCAAAAGAAGUCAGAUCCUAGUGCGGCAGUCGCUGCUUGCAUGGUGCUUGUGGGAAAAAUCAAUGAGGCAGUGACCACACAGACACGAUGGUGCGAGUCUCACCGAUGCUAA